AUGAAGAUGCAAACUUCUUAUUUGAAGUGCUCUGUUGUUGGUGAUGCUCAAGUUGGCAAAACUUGCCUUACCAAAAUGUUUGUUGGAGAGAAGGGAGAAGAAAAAUAUACACCAACCAUCUUUGAAAAUUAUUCUGGUGAAACAGUUUGCAGAGGAAAGAAAGCCAGUCUCUCUAUCUAUGAUUUACCCGGUCAGCACGAUUUCGAUCAGAUGCGGAAAUUUGCCCUGAAAGAUAGUAAUGUUAUCAUCAUUUGUUACAAUGUUCAGAAUAGAAAAUCUUUCGAAAACGUCCAGUCUGUGUGGAUUCCAGAAAUACGCCAGUUCCUAGGAAAGUCCGUACCCAUUGUUCUUGUAGGAAUUCUGUUGAAUAAAAAACAGGUCAAAAGUGUGUCAAGAAGGGAGGCCAUUAAAGUUACCUCCCAGAUGCAACUUCACGACUACUUUGAGAUAUACUCUGGUGAUAAUGUUGAGGUAUCCUGUCUGUUUUCUUGUGUCGCAAACAUUGCCAGGAAAACAAAGAAGAGAAACUUCUCUUUUCUUAGACGUAUCUUCGUUAAAUGA